CAAUUUUUUGUGUUUUUUGUUUUGAUAGCUUGGGUUGGUAGUCGACAUUUUUAUGUGAUAUGGACAUCUUGAAUUUGUGUGCAUUAUAUGGUUGCCUUUCUGUAAGCGUGAGACAAUGUUAAUGAAUGUCAUCUCUUUUCCAUUAUCACAAUUCGAGGUCAGUCCCCCCACUACGAAAACACACUAAUCCAACAUCAUCAACCCCCCGUUCUCUUGCUCGUGUUACUGAUUGUGCGAUCACUUUCUCAGGCCAUUGCAGACUUGCAGUUUGGUUUGUGAUAGUCGACCAAAGUUGUAAGCAUCAUGGAUCCUGAUCCGUUGGCUGGUUCCACCGGCAAUGCGCCAAGGAAGGUGAAAUUUAAACCAAAAGCUCCUCCCAAGAGAGUUAAAAAAGAAGUCCUCCCUAAAGCUGAGAAAGAAGAAGAUGACAUUGAUGAGGCGAAGGCAGAGCAUCUUCUACGCCGCUUUCAUGAAACAUCUUCAGGGAGGCCUAAGACUGAAAAGAAAGUUUCGCUUGCUCAAGUUGCAUUUGGUAUUGGAGGAUCAUCUGGAAACAUUAAGUCAUAUCGUCCUGCCAAUAACGCAUCUUCCGGGGUUGCCAAAGUGGCGAAAGAAUACAAGGAACCGUGGGAUUACUAUACGUAUUAUCCAGUAACGCUUCCUGUGAGAAGGCCUUAUGCAGGAAAUCCAGAACUUCUCGAUAAGGAAGAAUUCGGUGAAGAUCAAGAGAGACCGGAAUCUGAAGAACUUGCAACAAAUGCAGCUCAAGAACUCGGUCUCUUGGAUGAAGGUCAAGAGAAUAACAUGUUCUUCCUUCAGUUGCCAAGGAUGUUGCCCACGAUUGCACAUUCAUCUGAUUCAAAAGUCCCGGAACCCAAGAGCACAAACCCCUUAAAGGGUCGAGACAAAUCUCAAAACCCCUGUAAAUUGGAAUCACUACCAGAAGGUUUGAUUGGGAAAAUGUUGGUAUAUAAGAGUGGUGCUGUAAAGUUGAAGAUCGGAGAUGCAAUAUACGACGUAUCUGCAGGACUGAAGUGUAUGUUUGCUCAAGAUGUUGUUGCCAUCAAUGCGGAGAGGAAACAUUGUUGCAACUUUGGGGAACUGACCAAGCGGGCAGUCGCAUCCCCCGACAUAGACAGCAUGCUAGAAAUUAUAGCUGAGUUAUGAUCAUUCUUUUGUUCUUCAACUUAAGAAAAUUUUGCUUGCGGGAAUAUAUAUAAGGAAUCUCAGGCAUAAAAUGAGCAGAGGUUAGUUGAAUUCUGUGUCAUCGGUUAAAUUUAUUUCUAGGAAAAAACAAAUGCACUUGUAUAUUUUUGUUGUCAUCUAGUGCUGGAUAAUCUCUCACACAUAAGGUUCAGAACA